AUGCCGUCUAGGCAUUCACCUCGCCCUCUCUCCACCAUAAAAAUAGAUGCUGCUAUCGUCCAAUACACUAGGGAAUGUUACGCGAAGGCUGUCAAGGAGCUUGCUGAGCGAUCAUCGCUAACACAUGCACGCCAUGCCAUGGCCAAGGCCCAACCUCAGGAGAGGUCCACUCGCACCAAGGCCCAGAGUGGCUUGAAGCAGACUUCCAUCCGGAAGUAUUUCGUGAAGGUCGAGCCUGGUUGCCAGAAUCUGCGGGCCAAAAUCGAAGCAUGCCAGGCCGCGAACAAAAUCCUUGAAGAAACAUUUCAAGCUUUGCUACUUUGGAAUGCUCACCCUGAAAACAGCCAGACCCCACGUCUCGAGAAGCAUGACAUCUUGGACGUCAAUGUACCCUCUGAGGUCACCAUGGAUUGCUCUUCUAUCGCUAGAGUAAAUGAAGAGUUAAUGACAACGCUGGAGACACCGGAUGCAACCAAGCUUCCCGAGGACACCAAAGCUGCCCUCCUGGUCAAGGACGAUGAUGAUGUUGAGCCCACCAUAGCAGCAUCCGUCAAAACCUUCGGGGCUAGCCUUGCUGAGAUUCAGGAUUCUUUUAUGCCUGUAUCUUCUCCUAGCAACACCGAGGAGGGCCUUCUUAGAGGGGAUAGGAAUACAGAUGUUCUUCAAGAAGUCCUCGUUCUCAAGGAUCAUUCAUAUGAGCAAGCUUCUCAGGAGGCAAAUCUUGACGAAGACAUUGAUCACGAGGAAACAUCUCGGCCGCUAGAUGUUGUCAGCAUCGAGGACUCUACCUCUCUUGACCAUGGAAAGGGAACUCGCUCUGAGAACGAAGAGAAUUCUCAAGAUUCUCACGCAAGGCCAGAUACGAUUAUCCACCCGAACGUAGCUGUGACCGAUGUUCAAGCACCCCUUCCGUUUGAGAACAAAUCUGGCGUCGAGUUCAAGGACUCAGUACUUCACAUGUUGGCCGCAAACGCACCGACACCCCGCACUUCUCAGAUCAAUGCCGAUUCUGGGAUCAAUUCUCUCCAAACAUUCCAGGCUUCACGUCGCGUCGAUUUCCAUGGGGAAUUAUUCAAGAUGAAUUUCUCUAGCAAUACCCCAAUAGCCACUCCUUCCCUAUCCCCAGUUGUCAAGUCUGUCGAUCCUGAACAGGACGAUAUUCCAAAAGAUAUUCAUCUUGCGGCCCGGAAGGCAAUCAAUUACCUCUUCGGACAGCAAGAGUCAGAACCGACCGGAAACGGCUUCAUCGUUGGCGAAGUCCUUGAGGAGAACUUUGUGUCCCCCGAUGAGCAAAUCACCCCGCCAGUGGUCUUCCAGGGCGCAGAGAAACCUGAACCCCGCAAGGACACUAGUUUCGACUGGUGGGAGGACUUCGAGGACACUCUCCCUCCAGGUGCAAUCACUUUGCUAGACGACGAGCCGGCCUAUCCUAAGGCAGAUCCGGAUGAAGUUUUGGAAUUUUCUAGAGCUAACAUGGCCCCGAAUUCUACGAGAAGUCGCUACCGGUGGGAGCUUCCGGAAACUCUGCCCACCAUAUUGGAGGAUGAGCCUCUUGUUGAAUUCCCGUCCUCUGAUUCUCCUACUGUUGAAUCUCUUAGCUGUGAAACCGGUCUUUCUCAUGAUAAGCUAUCUUCCCUGCCCCUGGAGAAGCCCACCACCACUUCCUCAGACGAGGGGUAUAUCCAAUGGCUUCGCCGUUCUCUACGGGCGGUUCCUCAAGCCUCGCAUGACCACUUCCAGCCACAGGAAACUGCCGGCCUGGAGCGUUCUCCUAGCCGCGCAGAAAAUCGCGAAGAGGCGCCAGAAGUCGACGGCUCUAGUGAAGAUAGCACAUCCGAGAGUGGCAAGAGCAGCUCGUCAGCCACCCUAUCAACCUCAUCUUCGGCACCGUCUACUAGACACUCGAGUAGUGAGAUCAGCGGUAACACUCCAAACAGUGAGGAUGCCUCUCAGAGCCUACCUCCCCAUCUGCAAAACUACCCAAAGAUCCGCGCUACCAACUACGUCCAGAAGCAGGUCUCUGCUCCCACUCUUGUCACCAUUUCGAAGCCAGUACCUAAGAAAAUGGUACAGAAAAAGCCCUCAGGCCCUACGAAGGGUCCUUAUGACAGGCAACUUGCUAAGUAUGGCAAGAAAGCCACUCCAUCUGCCACUAAGCCUGCCCCGAAGCAGGUCGCCCAGUCCAAAGUUGCUCCAUCUCAACAGAAGCCUACAGUGACUGAACCUAAGACCGCACGUCCAGCUAUCCAAACCUAUGUUCUGCCUGCGCUUCGCAAAUCUCAGGCCUCUUCUUCCACGACUUCCGAUCCACCCAAGAAGCAGAACCCAACUGCCUCCUUUAUGCCGACCCUGGGUCCUCGCCCCGUACCAAUAUCUACAGCAGCUUCUAAGGGCGCCCAGAGCCGACGACCGCUUUGGAAGCCCCCAGGAUCGUGCAAGAACUUGAACUUCAUUAAUACGAUAGCAAAUCGAGCAGGUGCGAAGUCUCAGCGUGGAGCGGCACCAGCCUGCCUAGUGACGAACGACUACUCGAAGGCAGAGGUGCUUGGUCGCACCACUGUCCGUAAACCCCUUACUGAACGACUAGCACCUAACUCUGCUUGGAGCAACUGGGGAACCGAUAUGGCCAAGGCUGACGUUGCGCACAUUGCGGCAUUGAAGCAGCGUAAGGAAGCGGCUGCAAAGCACACUGCGGUGAUGAGAGACAACCAAGGCUUGCAUACUAUCGACAAGAAGGCUAAAGCAAGACAAGUGGUUCACGUGGAGGAGUAA